UGCAAUCUUCUUGUUUUCUUUGUUAUUGCAGUGAAAAAAAAAAUACAAAAAAAUACAAAAAAAAAAAAAGAACCGAAGGUUUUACAAGAACCAUAAGUUUUGUUGGCUCUUUUGGGCCAUUUAUCAACGUUUUCAAGUCCGUGUUUUUUGUAAUCUUUAAAAUUUUAUCGUUGUUUUUAUACUAAACAUUAGUUAUUGAUAUUGAACUAUUUAACCAUGGCUAGUACAGAGUCAGAUCGGUUUACUUCAAGGUUUAAGAGAGAUGUUCCGGCAGCAAGCACCGCCAUUAAUAGACCCAUUGGUACAAGAAGGCGGGCAUUUGAAGAUGCUGCCAACGAGACAAGCAAUCCUAGCCCAAGUACUAGUAUUACACCUAGAAGUACUGUUUCAAGUAGUGUAGGUGUAAGUUCAAGUAGAGGUGCAGUAAGUCGUUCUUCUAAUCAAAAUACUUCAGCAGCAGUUUCUCCAAGUAAACAAGCAGAUGAUGAAACAUCAAUAAAAGACAGAAUCAGUAAAAUUUCAGUUAAAGAUGAAGACUGUGACAAAGAUGAAGAUGAGGAGCCAGAAGAAGAAGCUCCAUCUUCAAGACCUAGACCAAAAGGAGGUGCUAGUGCAGGUUCAUCAAAUAAACGUAAACAAAAAAAAAAUAUAAGAGAGAAAAGAAAGUCUACAGGAGUUGUAAUAAUGCCAGGACAACCGAAUGUUGCAAGAGAUGAAGAAGAACGUAUUGUAAUGGAGAACACAGCAAGAAAUAUGCAAGAUUAUUCUGGUGUUGAUGGCGGAAGCUCUGGAGAGGACAGAGAAGAACUACUUAAACAAAUUGAAAAGUAUGAACAGGCUAUCGAAGAUUGGAAAGAUAACUUAGCUCAAGCAAAGCGAGAAAUCGAGACACUUAGAAAUGAAAACACCCGUUUAAAAGAUGAAAAUAGCGCAUUGCUUCGUGUGGUAGGUUCCUUGUCACAUGGAGGGCGUAAAUAGAAGAUCAAUUGGUGAUAUCGAAUAUAUAAAAAAUUAAAUGGAUGGUAAGCCAAGAUAUGAACAAAUUUUUCUAUAAAACAAAAAGUUUUCUUUUUGUUGUGUUUAUUUAAUAUCGCACCUGUAGAGACAAGCAUCUGCUUGAUAAAUCAUCCACAGAACAUCCAUUUUAAGUACCAUGUUACCUGACAGACAAUUAAUGCUAACAUGCUGUUCAGGUUUAUACUGCAGGGAAUUUGUAUGUAGUUUUUAUUAAUUUAUAUUUUCUAUUUUGUACUCGACUAAAUUUGGUAUUGAUAGGACAACUUUUUGGAUUUAUGUUUGAAAUUGUUUCAACAUUUUUGAUUUUUUUCUGUUUUUUUUUUUUUUUUUUUUUUUCAAUAGCCUCGUGUUUUUUCUAUUUAUGACAAUUUUUCUCCAAAAUACUUUUUCUUUGUUAAUUUUAUUAUUUUCAAAUCAGUUUUGGCUUUUUACUAAAGAGAAAUUUAUUUCAAUCAAAUGUAAAAGGAAUGUUUUUAGUGCAUUUUUUAUUGUGUAAA